CCACACGCAGCUCAGUCGCGACGUUUUAUAUGCAUCCACCAUGCAGUACUACGCAAACACUACUCCGGCUGGAAGGAGACGCGCGAGCAGUCAGUCUUCCUGUAAACACUGCGCACGUCCGUGCCUCACGCUGUGGAUCAAAGCCGUGCUGUUCUUCCCUAACAUGGGCUAAGCGCAGCGCGCCGGGAUUACGCGCUUCAGCCAUGGAGACGCGGAGCUGCUGCUCUGAUUUCUCUUUUUAUUCCCUCUGAAAACGGAAAGCGCGUAAAGUGAAUUGAAAGACAGUGGGAUCCUUUAACCCUCUCGGCUUGUAUCUUGGUUUGCUCUUCUUGCUCCUUGCUGUUCUUUUUGUCUUGUUUUGGGGAGAGAUGAUUGCAGAUCUGGUGUGUAGCGCUGUGGCUCUGGUCCUGUACGUCAACACACUGGGCGCUGAUUUCUGCUACGAUGACAGCCGUGCUAUCAAAACCAACCAGGACCUGCUUCCCGAGACGCCAUGGACCAACGUGUUCUACGAUGAUUUCUGGGGUACUCUGCUCACUCACAGCGGCAGCCACAAGUCCUACCGGCCACUCUGUACGCUAUCCUUUCGCAUCAACUAUGCGCUGAGUGGCCUGGAGCCAUGGGGCUACCAUUUAGCUAAUGUGGCAAUGCAUUGUGCUGUAACGGCACUGUUCACACGCCUGGCACGCCUGCUGCUGGGUACAGGCUGCUGGAGGCUGCUGGCAGGCCUGCUGUUUGCCUCGCACCCUGUUCACACCGAGGCUGUGGCCGGUAUUGUGGGUCGGGCCGACGUGGGCGCAGCACUGUUUUUCCUCCUGGCACUGCUUUGCUAUGUGUGGCACUGUGACCAACGGGCGGAAGGAGCACAGCGCCGGUGUUGGGCGUGGUUCGUGGGCAGCCUGGCCUGCUCAGCAUGCAGCAUGCUGUGGAAGGAGCAGGGCAUCACCGUGCUCGCCAUAGCAGCUGUCUACGAUGUGUUUGUCUUCCACCGGAUGAAGCUGCAGCAGCUCCCUGGAAUCUUCUAUAAGAAGAAGAACAUGCGCCUCCUGCUGAGUGUGUUUCUUCUGGGCUCCUGGGGGAUCUUCCUGCUUGGGUUCCGAAUCUACUGGAUGGGCAACAAACCUCCCAAUUUUUCCAACUCUGACAACCCUGCAGCAGAUUGCCCAUGUUUUCUGACUAGGGUGCUCACCUUCUUCUAUCUGCCUGCCAUGAAUAUGUGGCUCCUCCUUUGCCCAGACAGGUUGAGUUUUGAUUGGUCCAUGGACGCACUACCGCUUCUGAGGAGCAUCACUGAUUGGAGAAACCUCCAUACCAUCGUAUUUUACGCCAUACUGCUGGCACUGGCAUGGUUUAGCCUAUUGACUCGAACAUUCAAGGAGAAGGAAACGAAUGGGAAAGCCCAUGUAGCAAACGGAAAGUCCAGCACAAAUGGACACAGUUAUCAUUCUGACUAUGAACACUCCAUUCCAGACUCUGACUCUGUUCAGACAAAUGGAGCCAAUGGGACAAAAAAGCACUGUAUGCCUAGAACUUCUCUGCCCACCACUGAAAACGUUGUGGUCUUCUCAUUAGGUUUGUUGGCCAUCCCCUUUCUCCCUGCAACCAACCUCUUCUUCUAUGUUGGUUUUGUAGUGGCAGAGCGAGUCCUCUAUAUCCCCAGCAUGGGCUUUUGUCUGCUGGUGGCAGUGGGGAUGAGGGCUCUCUGGAUCAGACUUAGGACAAACUCAUCAAGGACUCUGGUCCUCACCUGCAGUGCAUCGCUGGUGCUGCUAUUUGGAUUUAAGACAUUUCUGAGAAACCAGGACUGGCAUAAUGAGGAGAUGCUUUACAAGUCAGGGAUAACUGUGAACCCUGCUAAAGCUUGGGGGAACCUGGGAAAUGUCUUGAAGAACCAGGGGCAGAUGGCAGAGGCUGAGCAAGCCUACAGAAACGCCCUGUACUACCGCAGGAACAUGGCCGACAUGCUUUACAACUUAGGUCUGCUGCUACAGGAGAACAACAAGUUCUCAGAGGCUCUCCAUUACUAUAAGCUGGCCAUCGGGAGCAGGCCAACUCUCGCUUCUGCCUACUUGAACACGGGUAUCAUCCUGAUGAACCAGGGUCGCCUCGAUGAGGCCAAGCGAACCUUUCUCACCUGCGCUGAUAUACCUGAUGAGAACCUGAAGGAUCCUCAUGCGCAUAAGAGCUCCGUCACCAGCUGUCUCUAUAACCUAGGCAAGCUGUUGCAUGAACAAGGUCACCAGGAGGAAGCUCUGUCUGUGUAUAAAGAAGCAAUCCAGAAAAUGCCCAAACAGUUUGCUCCUCAGAGCCUCUACAACAUGAUGGGCGAGGCCUAUAUGAGGAUGAACAAGUUAGCUGAUGCCGAGUACUGGUACAGGGAGUCUCUCCGGGCCAAACCAGACCAUAUACCAGCACACCUCACCUAUGGCAAGCUUCUGGCCAUGACGGGUCAGAAAGCCGAAGCAGAGAAGUACUUUAUGAAAGCCAUUCAGCUUGAUCCCACUAAAGGAAAUUGCUACAUGCAUUACGGUCAGUUUUUGCUGGAGGAGUCCCGCCUCCUGGAGGCUGCUGAGAUGGCACAGAAGGCUGCUCAGCUUGACAUUGAGGAGUUUGAUGUAGUUUUCAGUGCAGCACAUAUGCUCAGACAAGCCAGCCUCAAUGACGCAGCAGAGAAGUACUACAAACAAGCAGCCAGCCUGAGACCUGAUUACCCUGCAGCCUUGAUGAACCUCGGUGCUAUCCUUCAUCUGAACAGCAAACUUCAGGAGGCUGAAGCCAAUUACCUGCGAGCCCUGCAGCUCAAACCUGACGAUACCAUUACCCAGUCCAACCUGCGCAAGCUGUGGAACAUCAUGGAGAAACAAGGCCUGAGGACAAUGGCCCCUUGAUUCAAACACACUAUGUGGAGUUCAGUCUGAAGAUACCUUCUCAUGUGAAGUGAUCCAUAUCUUGAGCAGUUCAAUAAUAAUUGUCUUUAGACAGAUUAAAAUAAUUCCCUUGUAGGGUUGGGAUCAAAAAUUGGUACGUUGGAGAACUGCAACUUUAACACAUGCAAGACCUUUUCUUGCCUCUUGAAUUUUUCUUUCUUGCCCUGCACAGGACUUCACAGGACAGGCUGUUCUCAACAGGAGCACUUAAGCUGAAGUGGGCUGUUGGUACAUACUUGAAGUUUCUCAGUACUAUGACUAUUAAUUAGAUAAAUGAUGCCUAAUGGAAUACAGUAUGUAGGGCUGCGUUUGUCAUGAAGAAGUGCAAAAUUAUGAAAGAGUGAAUAUUUGUCCUCUGAAACAAAGGCGCAUUUUCACACAUCCAUGAUUCGUGUAAUUACUGUAGAUGAUCAGAUCUUUAGGGAAGCUUUCUUGAUGCUGAUCACAGGAAUCGUGUAGUCGACAAAGAAAUUCUGGCCAUCUUUAAUUGACAUCAUUUUUUAUUUUUUAUUUCAACAACAUCAGUUUCUCCUACUGCAAUUACAAACCAGAGCGUUCAAAGGCUAGCAAAUGCUUCCUCCAUGACAUGAUCUGUUCCCCAUUUGCUGCUUUUGCAUUGUCACUUGGCAGCUGAACAUGCAUGAAGGAAAGUGUUAACUGUUCUCAUUUGUAUACACAAGCUAACGUUGUACACAGUUGACUAGUGAUGCACUAAACUAGUGGAAAGGGGCAAAUAAUGGCUAUCAGUAACAGUCAUUAAUGGCCAUCAGUCUGUCACAGAAAAAAGGGUUGAUGAUUCUCUUGUGGAUUCCCAGCUACUUACUGUAUGUGUGUCAAGAUCUAAAUUCACAUUCAACAACACGGAGAACUUUUAUAGCUGAUAUUCAAGGGAAUAGAUCAUAGACUGUCUGUUUUUUGGCAUAUCAAGAACAGAUGCAAUGCGGAUCAACCCAUCCAGUGAACAUUUCACACAGUGUGUGGUAAUUCAUUUUAUAAAAGUCAGCUGCAAACAUAUUUGUCAAAUGACAGCGAUAAUGAGAAAGCUCUGAAAGCGCUGACAAGAAAUGAUCAAUCGGCGUAUUAAACAAUAAAAAUAAAUCAUAAAUUACAAUAAGCUUUUUAGUCAUAUUAGUGUCAUGGGUGGUGGUCAUCUUUACAGACAGAUGUACCAGGAUGUUGUGAACAUGUACUGUAGCACAGAUGGUUUCUUUGCUCAUUUCUGUGCUGAUAAAUUUAGUCUAUAAUUUACACCGAGUAAACGACUUGACUCUUGACUUGUUUACCAGGGCUUUGUCAGUUGUAAACAUUGUACAGAUGUGUAUAGAUUAAUGGUGUAGUAAGUUGGGUGUAAUUACGACAGGAUUUGCAGACAAAAUGCUACACUUUGGCCUUAUAGAAAUUCGAUCAAAUCAUAUUUUUUACUAUUUCAACCCAAAGCUUUAUGUACUAUACAGUAUAUCUGCUGAAGCCUACAGUCUGCCUUUUGCUGCCAUAUGAAUAACACAACCUGCAACUCAGAUUCCUCACUAAUUUUAAGCCAUUUUGGAUUAUGUUGUAUUAUUUAUUUAUUUUGGAUGAUUUUCCGUCUUUUAGUUUUAUUAACCCAUUUAGAAAAAGGAACAAACACUGGGCCUCAUUUAUCAAUAUUUUGCUACAAUUGUGUGUAAAUGUUUAACAGGCCAAGCCAAACAAAUUUAAUUUCAUAAACUCUGCUUCCUUCACCCUCACAUGCAUACGUUCUUACGUGUGUGUUAACGGCAUUGCUGAUAUCCAUCUAGUGACACCAUAAAAGGUAAAGUUCACAGUUAAUGAGCACCUUCUAAGCUUGGUGUGUGUUUAGUAUUCCAGUAAUGCAGCUAAACCAAUGCAGCACACUGACUGCAAUAAUAGACACAGAAUAACUCUACCUCCUUUUACAGGGUGCCAUUACUUUUCCCCCAUAUUAAAUACCUAAUAUAUUUUGGCUUUAAUUGUUCAAUUUGUUUUGGAUUAUAAACUUGCAGUAACAGUGAUAUGAUUUGAACCCCAUCAGUGGAGUUUUACAGUAGUGAGUCUCCUUGUAUGUAAAUCUGAACAGAGCUCUUAUAGGAUAUUUUGUUUUGUUUAGUUUUUCUCGUACUAACUGGACGUCUUGUCUAAAUGCCCUUGGCAGUGUAUUACGAAAAUAUGUAUUUGGAACCAAUUUGAUAAAUGAGGCCCAAUAUCAAAUACCAGAAAUAUAUUUUUGAAUUUGUAUGUAAAUGUUUAGCUUACAGUUUAAAAUGAUUAGAAAUGAGACUCAGAGCAGUGUAUGAAUUACCAAGCUGGCACCAGGCUUCAUGUUCCUCCAACUGGACACAAAUGUCCCCUGAAUAAACACAAUUUUUUUUCUCUACUUUGCUAGAACAAAGCCUAUGUUGCCUCUCUGAUCCAAACCUUUAGAGCUCUACCAGUUGGAAAAGUCCUUGUUGAUUCAACAGUGUUUAACAGAAUGUGUUGGAGCUACUGCAUACGCAUGUUCUUCUUCUUCUGCUUGCCUUUCACUUUGUUUCACAGCAAAACUGUAGCUGGACUUCGGAAUUUUGCGUCAGAUGCAAAAAGUUUUGAGAGUCUCCUAACCAAAUAUAAAACACAUUGCACUCAUCUAACAAUGCACAGCCAUAGGGUUGUAAGGGAUUGUUUAUAUGUCAUCUUGGUGUAUUAUUUUUGUGAUUUUUUUUGUAUCACUCAUACAGAAUUUUAGUGUAUAAAGUAAACCUAAUAUAUGCCAUUGUGUAAAAUUUUGCGAUACGAUUUUGCGAUAAACGUUGAGCCAGAGAUCUAAAUCCUAACAUUCACUUCUCUUUCUAUCAUUUUUUUUUGCUUUUGUUAUUAUUCAGCUGUUAAUAUUUGUACAUAUUUUGUGCGAAUAUAUUACUUGUAAUUAACCUUUAUGUACUGUACUCAACCCUGUCACUAGCUCAUGUUUCUCUUAUUGUUUAUUUCAAAUCAUAAAGAAUAUUGAGCGUUUUUCCCCUAUUUUUCUUUUUUUUUUAAGUUUGAGUUUGCUCUCAAAAUUUGAAAGGCAUAUUAUUGGAUGUUUAGCAGAUUUUUAAUUCUUAAUUUAUUUCCAUUGUGGUGUCUUGUAGAAGAAAAAUAAUAUUAAUAAACCAGCUGGCACUGUGUUGUAUAACCAUGGAACAAGUUCGUCCAUCUAUUCUUUCUUUCAGAGCCACUUUUGAAAAAUUAUUGAUUAUAGUAGGGUGAAAAUAUCCAACCUAUUAAUUGCCCUGCUCUGACAUUAGUUUCCUUCAGAUGGGCAUUCAUCUAAAAUCUCAAUAACGCAACUAUAUUUUCCAAUCAGACUUACCGGAUUAAUAAAUGAAAAAUGCAAGCAUUGUGCCACUUCUCUUUGUUCCUUCGCUUCUCCCUGUAGCUGACCUGACCACAGCUCUUUUCUCCUCCAUGAAUCUUGUCUCAUGAUGGAUUUAAAUGGCUGUGACUGGGUUCAGACCAUGCUGUGUGUAUACUAAGCUAACACCACGAUGUGUGAAAGUAGUGCAUCAUUUCCACCUUCUUUCUUCACUUGUACAAAAUGAAAACCAUUCGACAUGAGUCUUGCGUGUGUUUGUCUUUUCCUCAGGGAUUUCCGUCAGUGGGGUCAUUGCAGAAGAGUGCUUACUGAGCACUGAGAGUUUACUAAAUUUCAGAAGUUUUAUUUUAUUUUUAUUUUAUUUUUUAAACUGUGUUGUAUUUGUAUAAAUUAUCAAUUUGUAGUUCCUUUCUUCCCUUUUUUGUAAUAUAAAAUAAAGUAUGUGCCAGA